AUGUGUGUGAUUACUGAAAUUAUUCUUGAUUCAAUAAAAGGUUCUCUAUUGGCCAAAGUUCAAUUUAAUGAUCCUUAUAAAUACUAAAAUUAAACAAACUUUUCAUUAUUUCUGAAGGUUCUUAUACUAGAGUAUUCUAUAAUUUAGAUAAAUUUCUAGCUUAAUUAGGAACAGAAAAUAUAUUAUCUAUUGGAACUAUUCAAGUAAGUACAGUUGUUUUCAUUUUGAAAGAAGAUCAUGGAGAUAUAGUACAGGAUGUUAUGCUACUAUUAUUGGUCAUUCAGAUGAUGGAGCAUAAACUAGAGUUAGAUUAACAUUUAGUAUUAAGAUCUUUUUAUUUUAUUUAUAUUAAUCUAUUUUCAAUUAAUAAAGCUUGAAUACAAGAAUAACUUUAAGUUCACUUUGCAGAACUACUGUUGGUCUUAUUUCUAGAGAUAGAAAAACUGAAAAAACAAUUUUAAAAGGAAUAGGGCAAUUUCAGGUCUAUUACUUUAAUUAUUUCAAUUAACUUUCAUUAUUCAUUAAUAUAAUCAUUAUUAAGUGUAGCUGCCAGAAGAAAAGGUAUUCAACUAAAAUAAAUAGAUGA